AUGGCACCGCCGCCACAACCAAAGCAGCUGGUGCUCGCCGCGUCAUCUGCGGACGCGGGCGUGGCCGCCUGGGACCUCCGCACCGGCGCGGAGGACAUCCGCCUCUGCCCCUGCGCCUCCCGCCCUUGGUCGCUCGCCUCAGUCGCCGACCGCUUCCUCGCCGCCGCUCAGGCUCUUCCCGCUGGCGGCAACUCCGGGACCAUCCACUUCUACAACUGGGACCAGCCGCAAGUGGCCGUCAAGAGCUUUCCUGCUGAGCCGAUCCGCGCACUUAUCGCCGAUCAGGAGGGGAGCUACCUCAUCGGCGGUGGCAGCAAUGGCAAUAUGUUCCUUUGGGAGGUGUCUAGUGGAGAGCUGCUCCACACAUGGCAUGCGCACUAUCGUGCUGUUAGGUGCCUCGCGCUGUAUGACUAUUUGCUUGUCUCAGGGUCAGAGGAUGGGAGUAUCAAAGUUUGGGAUCUCAUCACGGUGCUUGAUGAGCAGUCAAGGCUGGAGGCCCAGACACCAUACAUGUAUAGUUUCAGUCAGCAUGCACUGCCUGUAACUGAUAUUGCUUGUUUUCUUGGAGCAAUUGCUAUAUCUUCUUCAGAGGAUCGAACCUGCAAAAUUUGGAGUUUAUCUGAGGGUAGGAUGCUAAGAAGCAUUUCAUUUCCUACUAGCAUUGGUUCUGUAGCACUAGACCCAAGAAGUCAUAUUUUCUAUGCUGGUGGUAGAGAUGGAAAGAUAUAUGUUACUGCUAUGGGUGUUGAUCUCAGUUUUCAUGGUAGUGAUGAGUCAUCUAUUCUGGGCGCAUUGGAUGACCACAGCAAGGCAGUAACAAGCUUAGCAUCAAGCACAGAUGGACUUCUACUUGUCUCUGGAUCUGAGGAUGGUCUCCGCAAGUUUACACAGUCAACUUUCAUGACUCAUGUUUGCUCAGCAAAUGGGGCGGGUGAACGGCGGGCAGUAGUUCUUCCUCGGCCUGAAAAUGAUGUUCCAAUUCCUGGAAAUAAAACCUCCAUUUUUAUGGAGCGCUACUUGGAUGAGCUUCAGAAGCAUGGUGGUUCUUCCAGGUUAUUUGAUUUUGGGCUGAAUGCUCAGAAUGGCACUCCAAACCAACAGGGAACAGAAUGGAGAGACAGAUACUUGGAGUUGCAGGAUCUCUUUGUACAUGAGGUCCUCCAUCAGAUGCCAUCCUCGAGGAACCCAUGA